UUAUACAAACAGAGUGAGAUCGGGAAUUCCUAAAUCUAGGUACCGAAGAAACUUGAAAAAUAGCCAUGAAAGGCAUGAGAAGACAUCAAAUCACCGGAGAACUGUAAGGGUUUUACACCAAAUCGUUGUUAAUUAUUGCAAGUGCUAAUUGUUGUGUAGUAUUUGAGAGAAUUUCAUCACGAGGUAUGGAUAAGUUUGUGACCAGAACUAAGAGACAGAGAACAACAGAUGUUCCAGAAUUGCCUUCAGUUUCAAGUAUUCCAAGUUCACAAGUACCUCCCCCAUCUUCUAAUACUUAUGGUCCACAAAUAGUACCUUCCAUCCCUGCUCCUACUCCGCAACAACAAGCAGCUUCUAGUAUUGUCCAGGAUGAGUUCUCGAUAUGGAUCUUCAAACAGACCCUGCAAUGAGAAAGCCAAUAUCAAGUUAUCAUGAUCAAGACAAAGUACGGAGAGCUUACAUGAAGAUGGGUCCUUUCCAACCUAAGAAUUUUCCAUUUCCACAAAAGCUAAUGGGAAAAAAGAAUCAUAAGAACAGAAGAUUCAAUGAAGCUUGUUUUUUAAAACAUGGAAGUUGGUUAGAGUAUAGCAUAUCUAAAGAUGUUGUAUUUUGCUUUCCGUGUUAUCUCUUUAGAAAUUAUGUUAAGGGUAAAGGUAGCUCUGAUGCUUUUGUGAAUGCAGGUUUCUCAAAUUGGAAGCAACUUGAAAAGUUAGAUAAGCAUGUAGGAUGUCAGAAAAGUGCACACAAUGAUGCAUAUAUGAAAAGCCGCGAGUUACUGCAGAAAACACAUCAUAUUCAGGCUAUCUAUCGUCGUCAAAAAGAACAAGAAAGUUUGAGUUACAUGAUUCGUUUGACCGCAUCAAUUGUUGUUAUUAGGUUUCUUUUAUGUCAAGGAUUAGCUUUUCGUGGCCAUGAUGAAUCCGAUGCUUCACAUAAUCAAGGUAACUUUCUUGAACUUCUUCAAUACACAACUGAAUAUAAUGAGAGUAUCACAUUUGAAUCCAAGCGACAAGUUUACAGCUUUCGAUAAAGGUGCGUUAAUUCGUCUUGCUAAACUAUAUCCAACUGAUUUUUCUCAAAUGGAUAUCAUGAUUCUCGACCGACAACUAGAUACCUUUCUUGCUGAUAUUCUUUCGGGUAAUGAUUUUUCUGAAUUAGGUGGUAUUAGUGCGCUUGCCCAGAAAAUGGUUGAAACCAAAAGAAAUAUAGUGUACCCUCUAGUCUACUUGUUGAUUACAUUAUCUUUGAUAUUGCCGGUUGCUACAGCUACUGUUGAGCGAGUUUUUUCAGCAAUGCAUAUAGUGAAGAAUCGUUUGCGAACCAGUAUUGGGAAUGAGUGGUUGAAAAAUUGUUUACUAACCUACAUUGAGCGGGAACUUUUUCGCAAGAUUAGCACUGACAGGAUUAGACAGCGAUUUCAAGAUAUGGCAACACGUAGCGGACAGUGCUGACUAUGAAGACAAUUUUUUUGGUAAAGUAUACAAAGUUUUUUUGGGUAUAAAAUUAGAGGACAAUACAUGAUCGAAGAAUGAAGUAGCUAACAUAUCUCUAGAAUUAUAUAUUUUGUUGCUACAAAACGCUAUUAGGUGUUGUAGUACAAUCUUUCAUGUGUAAUGGAACUUUUUUUUUGAGUUA